AACCUCACCAUCUCUCCACUUGAAAAGAAUCCUUGCCAAAUAUCAGCCUGACUAAAUACAUUCUCUCCUCCCAACCAGCCUUUCGAGCUUGAUCUACACUGCAAGCAACCAUGGCUUCCAAGAUAGAGAAAACCAUCGCCCGUCAGAAGGAGAAAAUCGAAGAAGGUCAAUACUACGAAGCACACCAACAACUGCGCGUCAUUGCGGCCCGCUACAUCAAGCAGACCAACUACGAUGCCGCCGCGGACAUCCUCGCCUCCGGCGCCGGUCUCCUCCUCAAGGCCGGCCAGGGCGGCAGCGGGGGGGAUCUCUGUCUCUUUUUGCUGGACGUCUGGACGAAGGGCGAGAAGGCGCCGGAUGCGGCGAGCAGGGCCAAGUUGGUGUCGUUGUUGAGGACAUUUCCGCCGGGAGAGCCGACGAUGAAGCGGUUUGUGAAUGAGAUGAUGGUAUGGUCAUCGAAGUUUGGAGAGUAUCCUGCUGGAGAUCCGGAGCUACACCAUGUAGCAGGAACGGUGUUCGCUGAAGCAUCCGAAACCUAUGACGCCGAACGACACUUCAUCCUAGGCACCAAAGAAUCGCCCGAACAGCUCAUCCGCCUGGAAUACGAAUGGUUCACCGAAGAUGCGUCGCAUACCGCACCACUCUACGCCGCACGCGCCGUGCUACCGUACCUCCUCAUUGGCAACAUCCGCGCCGCCAACCAGUCCCUCCUCCUCUUCACGUCCCGCCUCAGCACCGGCAGCUCCACCCUGGCCGUCCAAGAAGUCAGCACGAAGUCCUCCGACCUGCGCGUGUAUCCGUCGCUACCCCUCCUCAACUUCCUCGGACUGCUCCUCCUCGCUGUGCAGCGGGGUGCGCCCGAUCUCUUUAAGCAGCUGAAGAGCCACUACGCGGCGAACUUGAAGGAGGUAGGCAUGUGGGACGAGGCCCUGGCGCAGAUUGGCGAGAUCUACUUCGGGAUCAAGAUCCCGUCGCAGAGUAACCCCCUCUUCGAUAUGAUGGGGAAUAUGUUCAACAUGGGUGGUAUGGGGCAGGGGAGGAAAAAGGAGGUCAAAGGAAGGGGUAUGAACUUACCUGCGCCGCCUACGCCGGGUCUGGAUUGAGGAGGAUAGACAGACGUCUGUAAAUAUGAGACGAUUAUCACGCAUACAAUGCUAUACGCGGACAUGAACGAUGCCAAUUUCAUGGACAGUACUAGUGAAGCUGACGAAAUGCAUGGGUAUAUUUGCACCAACGAGCUUCAUCUCCUCCCUCUCCUACUCUUCUCCUUCG